AACCAAUGCUUUCACCGACCCUCCGACGGCGCUUGUUUCUGUCUUCCCUUAUCCUCGUCCUAGUGCUUGGAACAAUUGGGCAUGUCACCCUUAACGCUUGGUCCAUUCUUUAUGGGCUGAUGAUCGGUGUCUUUCUCACAGACUCUUUACCCUGGGACCUCGCACGCAAUGCAGCUGGCAUGCUAUCACAGGCGGUAGAAGCACCUGAUGCGAAGACUAGCACUUAUGGCCAUGAGUACGGAUUGGACCAUGCAUUACUGAAUAUCCCUCCGUGUGAGACGUUCUGGUUGAACAUGGGUUACUGGAAGAACACACGGUCCUUUGUGGAAGCUUGCAAAGCCCUUGCCAAGCUCGUCAUCGAUGCAGCGGACGUCAAAGAUGGGUCUCGGGUAAUGGAUUUUGGUUACGGCUGUGGUGACCAGGAUGUGUUCUUUUUGGAAUGCCACCCAAAUAUUACCAUUACUGGCGUUACGUCCGAACCCAAGCAAGCUCUUAUUGCGUAUUCACGUAUCAAAGCACGAAGUAUGCACAAGUCCAUCACAUUGUACGCCGGGGAUGCUGUCAAUCCAUCAACCUGGCGCCACAUUCCUUCACACGUAUCACCUCCCACCGACGUCCUAGAUCCUGCUACAUACGACGCGGUCAUCUCGCUUGAUUCAUGCUAUCAUUACUCUACUCGAUGGCAAUGGUUGAAUCAAAGCGCUUCGUUAUUACGGUUGGGGGGACGAAUUAGCGGGACAGACCUUGUUCUCGGUUCAGGCUAUGACGAAGGUGGAUAUUUCACGCAGUUUCUUCUCCGCGCUGCACUUUACUUCACGGGAGCGCCAUGGGAGAACUUCGUUUCCGAGCAUGUGUACAGAAAACGGCUUCAGGAAGCAGGAUUUGUUGGGAUAACGGUGGAAGAUAUUUCCGAGCAUGUUUUGCCCGGGCUGGCUGCGUUUAUUGAACAGCACAGGCAGAAUAUUGGGGGUGUCGUGGACAUUGAUAGAAAAUGGCGACAGUAUGAAGGUGCCGCAAAGCUAUUUAGAUGGCUCUAUCACAAAAAGUUGGUCAAGUUUGUCUUAUUUAGUGGAACUCGAUCUUGACCUUUUGAGUGACUGGCCAUUAAGACUUUCUGCUACUAUAUUUAUGUGUUAUGCAGGUAUGCUUGGUCCUUUUGGCCAUAUUCAUCGCUGAGCCGCUCCGACAACAUUGAAUUCUUGAUUUGCUCGUGAAUGUUCAUUGCCAACUAGCCUUCUGUCCAGA